UGUUACAGACCUGCUUUCGUAAUCCUGACAGAAUGCCAAUUGUAGUCAGCAGAUGAAAGCUCUACCGUAACAAACUACAAGCAAGAGGAAGAGAGGUUGGGCUACUUAAUAUAAAAAUAAAUCCAGUUCUGCAUUUCCUUCCUGAACACAUUCACGUUAAUAGAAAAGCGCCAGUAGGACAAACAUUACUUAGCCAACCUUUACACUGUCUGCAGUGGUGUCAAGAACAAUCAGAAGUCGUUCAACAGAAAGCAGGAAUAGGCUUUGCAGAAGGACCUGUGAAUAGGAUGGUGGACCGCCUUAUAAACACAGAGAUUAAUGCGCAACGAAUUGUUGCAGUUGAAAAUUGCUUCAGAGCAGUUGGUCAACCUCUGGCCCUGCAAGGGCGAGUACUUGUGGGUGAAGGAUUAUUGACAAAAGUUUGUCGCAAGAAGCCAAAGCCCCGAAUGUUUUUCCUGUUCAAUGACAUCCUGGUAUAUGGAACUGUUAUCAUCCUCAAGAAGAAGUACACCAAUCAACAGAUAAUCCCACUGGAGGAUAUCAGUGUUGAAGAUCUUGCAGAUAAUGACAGUCUGAAAAAUCAAUGGAUGAUAAAAACCUCACGAAAAUCAUUCAUCGUGUGUGCUGCAACCCCUCUUGAAAAAGAGGACUGGAUGAAGCAUCUUAACAACUGUGUCAAACAACUGUUGGAAAAGACAGGAAGGAAAGCAUCUACUGAACAUGCAGCUCCUUGGAUACCAGAUAAGAUGACUGAAAUCUGCAUGCGAUGCACUCAAAGGAAGUUCAAUGCAUUAAUCCGUAGACAUCACUGUCGGAAGUGUGGCUUCGUGGUAUGUCAUUCUUGUUCAAAGCACAAAUUUCUCAUGCCUAAGCUGUCUUCGAAGCCUUUAAGGGUCUGCACACUAUGUUUCAAUAAAUUAGUGGAAGAGAAGAAGAAAGAAUCAAUAUCAGAAAGAAAAGCAGAUGAGAGCGUUGUUCUGGGUACAAUGAUUUCUAGCAACGUUGAAGAUAGUGACAACUCCAGUGACGAGGAGAAACAAGAGCAGUGGCUGGGACAGGAUCAGUUUUUUUCAACAGAUCUCUCUUGGUCCUCUUUCCAUACCUAGUCAUAUACACAACCAACUAAUUCAACUACAAUACUACCAAGGAAAAAUACAUAGCGAUAAUAAUUAAAAAGGUCUCUUCCAAGCAGUUUUGCAGAAAAAUCUGUAUCACUUAAAAUUAUAAUUUCACUUCAUGAGACCUUAAUAAAAUGCAUCUUGUGCUUUA